CUGCUGUCACAGCAUUUACGGCCGUGGUGCCGCAAAGCGCUGGAGUGUGACAGUCUGAGCAACCUGUCGUCCGGAUCCUAGACCUGCUGGUGGUGAAGUAUGUCAUGUAUAAAAGUGGAUUAAUCCCAUGUUAAGUGAAAAUGGCCAAUUCUUUACGAGGAGAAGUACUGGCUCUUUAUAAAAAUCUGCUGUAUCUUGGACGGGACUAUCCAAAAGGAGCAGAGUAUUUUAAAAGGCGUUUGAAGACCGUUUUCCUUAAAAACAAGGAUGUGAAGGACCCAGAGAAGAUCAAAGAACUUAUUGCACGAGGAGAAUUUGUGAUGAAGGAGCUAGAGGCCUUAUACUUCCUUAGGAAAUACAGAGCUAUGAAGCAACGUUACUAUUCAGAUACCCAAAACUGACCAGUCAUUGCCACCAGCCUCACUGACAAUGAAUGCCAGCUGUUUGCCUGUACCACCUAUUAUAAUUCAAUUUAAAAGAGCAAGAUACACGUUUUUUAAAAAACAAGCUGCCGUACUGUACAACUGUUGGG